UUGUGUAGAAAAGUGUGUUUCUCAACUAAACUCUAUUUGGAAAUCAACAAAAACAAGUUCAAAUGUUUGCAGAGUCCACAUUUCGGUCAAGCUCUUCUAUCACAUCUCAACGAUUUGCGAACUCGUCAAGUUCUAUGCGAUGUGAUUUUGAAAUGCGGUGAAAAUCGAAAAAUACAUGCGCAUCGGUUGGUUUUGUCAGCGUGUUCGGGAUAUUUUUUGGGAAUGUUUACGUCGCAUAUGUCAGAGUGCUUUUUGAGUGAGUUCUUAGGGAAAAUUUGAAAAUACAAGUUUACUAGAAAUUCUUCUGUUUUUCUCCAGAAAUCCUCUCAAAAAAUCAAUUUUCUUCGAUUUUUCCCAAAUUUCCCUUUUAUUUUCAGAGGAAAUUGCGAUGGAAACAAUCGAUUUCGAAAUUCUCGACCAACUCGUCGAAUUCUGCUAUUCGGGUCAAAUUGAAAUCAAUGAUUCGAAUGUUCAAGAACUUCUUCCUGCGGCUUGUUUAAUUCAAAUUAAUGAGGUUCAAAAUGCGUGUUGUGAAUAUUUGAAAAAACAAUUGGAUCCGUCGAAUUGUCUAGGUGAGAGUUUUUAGCGAAUUUUUUUGGCUGAAAAUUAGGAAAUUUUGUUGGAUUGCUCAUGUUAAAAAAGUUUUUAAAAUAUUUGGAUGUUUUUGGAUAUUUGGAUGUUUUUGGAUAGUAAAUGGGACAAUUUAUAUCCAAAACAUUUUGCUUUACAUUGCUCGUGUUGAUGAUCAAAAGUCUCAUUUCCAUCUUUCUCUCCAAAAUCAACCUAUUUUUCUUUCCAGGAAUCCGUGCUUUUGCCGACACUCAUUCUUGCCGUGAACUAAUGACAUCAGCCGAUGAAUUCACAUUGAAGAAUUUCUCGAGUGUCGUCGGAAAAGAAGAAUAUUUACAAUUGCCAAUUGAAAUAUUGAAAGAUAUAAUUGAAAGUGAUCGACUAAAUGCAACAAGUGAAGAAAUUGUUUAUAAUGCUGUUAUUCAAUGGGUUCGACAUGAUAUUCCGCAAAGAAAAAGGUUUUUAUCGAUGGUAAGAGCAUUUUACGAGGAAAUUCAUAUAAAACCGACUAUUUUUUCUUAAAAAUUGACUUCGAACUUAUAAGAAUCGAUGAAAAAUGAACUAAUAUUCAGACAAAUGUUCUAGACUGUUAACUUUGAUACGUGUCUGAGUUGAGGCCAAAAAUUACAAUUUUUACAAAUUUCUGAACCAAGUUCGAGUUCACAAAAAUCGAUUUUCCUUGAUUUUUCAUUGAUAUUUUUAACCCUGAAAAUAUACGUUUCAGAAAAAAUUUGAUUAAUUUGGAAUAAUGAGGGAUUUUGAUUAAUCUUCUUGUUUGAUUUUUUAGUUGAAAUUUUGGAAAACAUCAAUUGUUGACCUGGCCAACUGGAAAAUCUGAAAAUUAAAAUUAAACUUUUUCAUACAUUUCAAAAUAGCAAUCAAAACUUAAUUUUCCAGCUUCUCUCCCAUGUUCGCCUUCCUCUUUGCUCUCCAAAAUUCCUCGUCUCAACAGUCAGUGAAGACAUUCUCAUAAAAAGUGAUCCAGCAAGUCGAGAUCUUGUAGAUGAAGCUAAAAACUAUUUGUUGCUUCCUGUUGAAAGAGCAAAUAUGCAAGGACCAAGAACACGACCGAGGAAACCACUCAAAUUACGCGAAGUUCUUUUUGCAGUUGGUGGAUGGUGUAGUGGGGAUGCGAUUGCGUCGAUUGAGAGAAUGGAUGUUUGUAGUGGAAGUGGAGGAAGUGGAAAUUGGGAUAGAUUGAGUAGUGGAGGUGCUGGAGGUUCAGGUAAGAUUUUGGAGCAUUUUCAAGGAAUCUACGUGAAAUUCUGAUCGUUUUGAAUAUAAUUUUUUUGGUUUGAAACGAAAUGGAAUAUUGCUCAUGUUAAAGAAGCUGAAACUUUCAAAUAUAUUGCUCAUGUUAGAAAAAUUAUAAAUGUUUCCUUCAAAGUUUCAACUUAAAACACAAUUUUCUAUGCCUUUUGUAACUUGAGCAAUGCCAAGUUGAGACUACAAAAAAAACAAAGAAUUUUGAAAAUAAAAUCUGUAAAUUCUCAGAAAGUUCUUCAAUUUUUUAAUUCACGUAGAAUUCUGAAGUUCAGAAAAUUUCGAAGCGUUGAAAAUCCACGUGAAUAUCUGAUAAUCAUUAGAAAAUCGAGACUUGCCGAAUUUUUUCAGCCAAAUUUCAAAUUUAUAGGGUCCUCGUCAUCCAAAACAUGGCAAUGCGUAGCUCCAAUGUCAAAACGUCGUUGCGGUGUCGGUGUUGCAGUUCUGAACAAUCUUCUCUACGCAAUCGGCGGUCACGAUGGACAAUCCUAUCUAAACAGCAUCGAAAGAUAUGACGCGGUAACAAAUCAAUGGAGUUGCGAUGUUGCACCAACUGCAACCUGUCGAACAUCAGUCGGAGUUGCUGCUUUUAAUGGAUAUCUUUAUGCGAUUGGUGGACAAGAUGGUGAUAGUUGUUUAGAUGUUGUUGAAAGAUAUGAUCCGAUUCGAAAUGAAUGGACAAAAGUGGCGAGAAUGGGAACGAGACGACUUGGUGUAUCUGUUUCGGUUUUAAAUGGUUGUAUUUAUGCAGUUGGUGGUUCAAAUGGUCCUGCACCUUUGAAUACUGUAGAACGAUAUGAUCCGCGUGUUGGAAAAUGGGAAGAAGUUAGAUCGAUGUUAACGAGGCGGAAACAUUUGGGAACUGCGGUUUAUGAUGGAUGUAUUUAUGCGGUUGGAGGAAGAGAUACCACGACUGAGUUGAAUACUGUAGAAAGGUAAGUGGGAGGGAGGGGGAAGAAUUGUGCCACGUGGCAAUAUAGGAUUUUUUGAUAAAACAUUCCAUAUGAAUUUCAACAGUAUCUUGACUUUGAUAUGUUACGCUAAAAAUCGGACUUUUCAUAAUUAUUUUUCAAAAGUGUGGUUUGUCUGCUUCAAAAGUUGUUAGCUCUUCAAAACCCUCAUAUUUUCAGAUAUAACGCUGAAAUGAACGAAUGGACCGCUGUUGUUUCAAUGAAUAAUCGUCGUAGUGGUGUUGGUGUAGCAGUUGUAAAUGAUGAAUUAUUCGCAGUUGGUGGAUUUGACGGGCAAACAUAUUUGAAAACGGUCGAAGUUUUUGAUUGCGAUUCAAUGCGUUGGCGACAUCAUUCACAAAUGUUUUAUCGACGACUUGGUGGUGGAGUUGGAGUAAUUCGAAUGGCUAAUGAUGCAAUUCAAUUAUUACCAGAUAUUGCAAAGACUGAUAUUGAUUGUGAUUCAAAAAAUGUAUAA